AUGGCGGCGUGUGGACGUGUACUGAGGAUGUUCCGCUUGGCGGCGGCGCUGCCGCUGCUGCUGCUCGCGGCGGACGGCGCGCAGAAAAUCCAGGGCCCGGGCGGCCACGGGCAGGGCCCGGGCCCGGGGAGCAACCUUCUUCCCCUCGGAGCGCAGCCGGGAGGCGGCGUGCUGCCGGGCCAGCUCCUGCUGCCUCAGUCAUCUCAGUUGCAGCAGCAGCAGCCGCAGCAGCAGCAGCAGCAGCCUCAGCAGCAGCCGCCGCCGUUCCCCGCGGGCGGGUCUCCGGUCCGGCGGGGCGGAGCAGGGCCCGGCGGGGCUGGCGGGGGCUGGAAGCUGGCGGAGGAAGAAUCCUGCCGGGAGGACGUGAGCCGUGUGUGUCCCAAGCACACCUGGAGCAACAACCUGGCGGUGCUGGAGUGCCUGCAGGACGUGCGAGAGCCUGAAAAUGAAAUUUCUUCAGACUGCAAUCAUUUGUUGUGGAAUUAUAAGCUGAACCUCACUACAGAUCCAAAAUUUGAAUCUGUGGCCAGAGAAGUUUGCAAGUCUACAAUAUCAGAGAUCAAAGAGUGUGCUGAUGAACCAGUUGGAAAAGGUUACUUGGUUUCUUGCUUGGUGGAUCACCGAGGCAACAUCACUGAGUACCAGUGCCACCAGUACAUCACCAAGAUGACAGCUAUCAUUUUCAGUGACUACCGGCUCAUCUGCGGCUUCAUGGAUGACUGUAAAAAUGACAUCAACAUUCUGAAGUGUGGGAGCAUUCGGCUUGGAGAAAAGGAUGCACAUUCACAGGGCGAGGUGGUAUCAUGCUUGGAGAAAGGCCUGGUGAAGGAAGCGGAAGAACGAGACCCUAAGGUUCAAGUCUCUGAACUCUGCAAGAAAGCCAUUCUGCGGGUGGCAGAGCUGUCCUCGGACGACUUUCACUUAGACCGGCAUUUGUAUUUUGCCUGCCGAGAUGACCGGGAACGUUUUUGUGAAAAUACACAAGCUGGUGAAGGCAGAGUAUAUAAGUGCCUCUUUAACCAUAAAUUUGAAGAGUCCAUGAGUGAAAAAUGUCGAGAAGCACUCACAACCCGCCAGAAGCUGAUUGCGCAGGAUUAUAAAGUCAGUUAUUCACUGGCCAAAUCCUGUAAGAGUGACUUGAAGAAAUACCGGUGCAACGUGGAAAACCUUCCCCGGUCCCGGGAAGCCAGGCUCUCCUACCUUCUGAUGUGUCUGGAGUCAGCUGUGCAUAGAGGGCGGCAGGUGAGCAGCGAGUGCCAGGGGGAGAUGCUGGACUACCGCCGCAUGCUGAUGGAAGAUUUCUCUCUGAGCCCCGAGAUCAUCCUGAGCUGCCGAGGGGAGAUCGAGCACCACUGCUCUGGGCUGCAUCGGAAAGGGCGGACCCUGCACUGCCUGAUGAAGGUGGUGCGGGGGGAGAAAGGGAACCUUGGGAUGAACUGCCAGCAAGCGCUUCAAACACUGAUUCAGGAGACUGACCCUGGUGCAGAUUACCGCAUUGAUAGAGCUUUGAAUGAAGCUUGUGAAUCUGUAAUACAGACAGCCUGCAAACACAUAAGAUCCGGAGACCCAAUGAUCCUCUCGUGCCUGAUGGAACAUUUAUACACAGAGAAAAUGGUGGAGGACUGUGAACACCGCCUCUUAGAGCUACAGUAUUUCAUCUCCCGAGAUUGGAAGCUGGACCCUGUCUUGUACCGCAAGUGCCAGGGAGAUGCAUCGCGUCUUUGCCACACCCACGGUUGGAAUGAAACCAGUGAACUCAUGCCUCCCGGAGCCGUGUUCUCCUGCUUAUACCGCCAUGCCUACCGCACUGAGGAGCAGGGCAGGAGGCUCUCACGGGAAUGCCGGGCUGAAGUCCAGAGGAUCCUCCACCAGCGUGCCAUGGAUGUUAAGUUGGACCCCGCCCUCCAAGACAAGUGCCUGAUCGAUCUGGGGAAAUGGUGCAGUGAGAAAACAGAGACGGGGCAGGAGCUUGAGUGCCUCCAGGAUCAUCUCGAUGACUUAGCUGUGGAGUGCAGAGACAUAGUCGGCAACCUCACUGAGUUAGAAUCUGAGGAUAUUCAAAUAGAAGCCUUGCUGAUGAGAGCCUGUGAGCCCAUCAUUCAGAACUUCUGCCAUGAUGUGGCAGAUAACCAGAUAGACUCUGGGGACCUGAUGGAGUGUCUGAUUCAGAACAAACACCAGAAGGAUAUGAACGAGAAGUGCGCCGUCGGAGUCACCCACUUCCAGCUGGUGCAGAUGAAGGAUUUUCGGUUCUCUUACAAGUUUAAGAUGGCCUGCAAGGAGGACGUGUUGAAACUUUGCCCCAACAUAAAGAAGAAGGUGGACGUGGUGAUCUGCCUGAGCACCACAGUGCGCAACGACACUCUCCAGGAAGUCAAGGAACACAGGGUGUCCCUGAAGUGCCGCAAGCAGCUACGGGUGGAGGAGCUGGAGAUGACAGAGGACAUCCGCCUGGAACCAGAUCUGUACGAAGCCUGCAAAGGUGACAUCAGGAACCACUGUUCCACUGUGCAGUAUGGCAACGCGCAGAUUAUUGAAUGUCUAAAAGAAAACAAGAAGCAGCUGAGCCCUCGUUGCCACCAGAAAGUGUUUAAGCUGCAGGAGACGGAGAUGAUGGACCCAGAACUAGACUACACACUCAUGCGAGUCUGCAAGCAGAUGAUAAAGAGAUUCUGUCCAGAAGCAGAUUCUAAAACUAUGUUGCAGUGUUUGAAGCAAAAUAAAAACAGUGAAUUGAUGGAUCCCAAAUGCAAGCAGAUGAUAACCAAGCGCCAGAUCACCCAGAACACAGAUUACCGCUUGAACCCCGUGCUGAGGAGAGCCUGCAAAGCCGACAUCCCCAAAUUCUGUCAUGGGGUCCUGACUAAGGCCAAGGACGAUUCAGAGUUAGAAGGCCAAGUCAUCUCUUGCCUCAAGCUGAGAUACGCAGACCAGCGCCUCUCUUCAGACUGUGAAGACCAGAUCCGGGUUAUCAUCCAGGAGUCUGCUCUGGAUUACCGACUCGACCCCCAGCUCCAGCUCCACUGCUCGGAUGAGAUCGCCAGCCUGUGCGCCGAAGAAGCAGCAGCCCAGGAGCAGACCGGCCAGGUAGAGGAGUGCCUCAAGGUCAACCUGCUUAAAAUCAAGACAGAAGGCUGUAAAAAGGAAGUGUUAAACAUGCUGAAGGAAAGCAAAGCAGACAUCUUCGUGGACCCGGUUCUUCAUACAGCUUGUGCCCUAGACAUUAAACACCACUGUGCAGCCAUCACCCCUGGCCGAGGGCGUCAAAUGUCCUGCCUUAUGGAGGCCCUGGAGGAUAAGCGGGUGAGGUUACAACCGGAGUGCAAAAAACGUCUCAAUGACCGGAUUGAAAUGUGGAGUUACGCAGCAAAGGUAGCCCCGGCGGACGGCUUCUCUGACCUCGCCAUGCAAGUGAUGACCUCCCCGUCCAAGAACUACAUCCUGUCUGUGAUCAGCGGGAGCAUCUGCAUCCUGUUCCUGGUCGGCCUGAUGUGUGGGCGCAUCACCAAGCGCGUGACACGGGAGCUCAAGGACAGGUAGAGGCGCCCGGAGCCCCAGAGGAACUGCCUGUCUGGUGCCCCGUUUGUACAGCCCUCCUGUAUAGCGCACCCCCUCACCUCGCCCUCCUGCGCGGUGGCCCCGACACUCACAUUAGAGCAGCAGCAGGCGCCCACCGCCGCGUCCGCCGCAGACUCCUCCCGCGUCCAUGGUGUCCUCCUCCUCGACCGCGUGCAGCAGCCGGCCGCCCUGGGGAUCGCCUCUGUCGGCAGACUCGGGUUUCCCUGUCCAGAGACAAAUCUCUCAUCCCGAUGGACCUACCAGUACUUCUGGAACCAAUUCACCUGACCUGCAACUCAGCUGAAUUUUUUUUUUUUUAAACACCAAAAAAAAAAUUUUUUUUAAAGAAAGAAAAAAAAAUGUAUAUAGUAACACAUCUCCUCCAGGCUUGAUUUGAGCGAUGGGGUUCUUUCUUCUUUCUGUGUGGCGGUGUAAAAGGAAGGCAGGACGUUAGAGGGGAGACACACCACGCAACACGCUGUAACCGGGAUGUCUGGCUGGCCUCUCAGAAGCGCCUUUGGCCCCAUGAGGGCCAUGGAGUUCACCAAGUAGCAGGAAAUGACUGACCAGCCCGCUUUGGGUCUUGUUUUCUUCUGCUGAAACAGUGAUGCCUUCCGAUCCCUACCCGAGCAGAGCCACUGCGGGUCAGGACCCACGGCCACGUGUCACCCUGCCGUCUCCUCAGGGCCCAGGGGUGUGAGCAGUUCAUCCGUCCAUGGCUCUGCAGGAGAGGCUGGGCCCUGGGCCUGCCUUCCAGACCUGCGCGGGGCUCUCCACGUGUGGACUGGCCCUGCCGGGGUGGCAGUGCCUCCCCGAGUCCUCCGCUGCUGGGGGAGCCUGCCACCCGGGGGGAGGAAGCCAGGGCAGGAGGCAGGAUGGGGGCGGAGUCGGCUCACUUUGGGUCCUGUUCAGGCAACAAUGCAGGUCAGAGACAGUGGCUUCUGAAGAUGCAGCCUGGUCUCAGGGAGGGAUGGCAAGCUGACCUUCCCACAGGCUCUGGGCCACCUUCCCAGACAAGCUCCUUCAUACCUCUUCAUGCAGAGGGCGUGGAACAUGAUUCCAGUAAAAGAUGGAGGCUCUUUCUCCGUUUUUCCUUUCUGUCCGUUGGCUGCAUACCCCCACGGUAGUAGGCAUUGGCUAAAUGUUGCACUUGGAUGAUUCAUCAGUCUUUGCUGAGUCUGAGCUUUGUGGAAACAUUCCUGAGCAUCACUCAGCCCACCAGCGUAGAGAUGACAGGCUUGGAGUAUCGAAAGGGAGGCACACCGGCAUCACAGUUCAGCCUGGGGCACCUGGGCUUGAGUUUGGGGCACGGAAUCCAGUGGCUGCACAAGAGGGCAGUGUGUACAGUAGGAGAUAUAUUUAUAUAAUAUAUAUUUUAUUAACCUGUUAGACGUCCACAGAGUAUUAUAAAUCACGUGCCUAAAACUGUCCACAUAGACCAUGCACCCUGCCUGGCCCUGCCCCACCUCACCACUGUCCGCGUGUGCUGCGGGCCCACCCCCCCUCUGUCUUCCCUGGAAUGUGUUCAGGACGAAUGGGUCAGCUGGUCCAGGUGACUCCUUGUCUAACCCUGACUGACAUAUAUUUGAAUACUGUGGUUUGCUUCUUUUCUUUCUCCUUUUUGCUACUCUUGCUGGAGGCGGUGGGUUCCAGACGCCAGCUGCAGACGCCCCCUGCCUAUGGCACCACCAAUCACCAAGGGUGGUUCUAAGCUGCCGGGUCCCCUCAGGUCCUGCUCUUAAGGUCUUCCUGAUUCUCAGCAGCUGUCCUGCGGGUCUUCUGUCUUAUCUCAUUUGAACCUCUUGGAGUUGGAGCGCCACCCCUCCUUCCACCCUGGUUGCACUAAGCUGAGCUGGUGGAUGGUGCACCUCCUGGGGCUCCUCCCUUGCUCUGGGCAGGUGCUGAGAGCGAGGGACGGGGUUGUCACAUGUACACAGGCCCCCACUGAUGUGUGUGACGUGCUUUACAGCACAGAAUAACUUCCCAUCUGAUGAGGGGGCUUCCAUUCUCCUCCUCUGCUGUCUCCCUCCCCACGUGUGUAAAACGUCGCCACAGUUUACUUCAUCUUGAUGCUUCUCUUUCUGAACUGAGAGAUGAUCUCAGCUGUCUGCAGCAGAUCUGGAAGUCUGAAAAAGAGUUUGAUUCUUGAAACAUCCGUCACCUUGAGAAAUGAUCUGGAUAGAUAGAAGGGAUAACUCUGCCGGUAUCUUUGAUCGCUUGUUGCCAGAAAGCAUUUCACCAUCCAACUUGGAGUAGUUUCCUAUGACUGAGCAGUUUCAUACAUCCAUCCGAAAUUAUGGCCCAGCUGUAUCCAUUCUGUAUCUCAUUCGGUGUGACAGAAACAGGCUCUGGGCCACCUCUGGUCCCUGGCUUCAUAGGUCACUCUUGGGUAAAAGUCAGCUAGGCAAGAACCAGGCAAGAAGAAACCAUGCCCCUCGUGGGGGAGCUGACGGCCCUCUUGCUCUCUCAUCUCCUGAUGUCUAGCCCAUCCAGGCACAAUUACAUCAGCAGCAGGUAUGGUUUUGGGUCAAGACCAAGGGUCCAUGCCCUUGCUGAAGAUUACAGUAGCCAGGGGACUCAUCAGGCUUUGUCCGUUCACUCAAGUCUCAGAAAUGCCGACUCAGUAUCUCCACAGCAGUCCAGAGGCGCCGGGAGGUCAGUUCUCUGGGCUGGCGGCCCUGCAACGCAGGGAAUCAGAACUCUGAGCAGAACGCGCAGGAUGAACCUGACUGCUCCCCCUCACGGAGCUUCUCACACACAAGGCGGCUGUGGAGUGAGGUCUUGCCCUGCACAUCCCUGGCCUUCCUCCGCUAUUGCUGCUGUCCCAAGAGAAGUCUGCUAGCAAGAUGCUCCGAGACAGGCCUGGGUUCACUCCAGCAAGAAAGCCCCCCUCCUUAGCAUUCCCUGACAUCUGGUACCACCCACAGGCCCAGUUCUGUAGACCCCAUCAGCUUGUUCUGAGCCAGUGCACCCUUAAGAGGCAAGGGGAAUUCUAGGAUUGAGUGAGCAGGUGUUGACUAGUGUUCACUGCGGCCCUUGACUCACAUCCUGCACGCUCUCUUCUCGAGGAUGCUGGAGAGGGAGGGAGACUCUGCUUUCCUAGGAGAUGUGGCAGGAAAUGGCCAUCACAUUUCAUCUGUUCCCAUUUCCUGAGGUCAGGUAACAAGAGAAACUAGCAGUGAGGACUUGUAGCCUCCAUUUACAUUUCGUCAGACAGGGUGCUGACUUCCCUCCCCCUUCCCAGAAGACUGACUCCUGUGUGCACCACCUCCAGGCUUGUGGGACCGCUUCUGUCCCAAAGAUCCCCGCUGGUGUGAGUCACCCGGGGAAGGGUCGGUUGCUUAGUGGGACCUCCUUUCUCAGCUGGUCUUAAGUUCCUCUGAGGAAAAAAACUGCUUUUCCCAUUUCUUUCCCUCCCCCACCAAAAAGUAAGUGUUCUCCACAUAUUGCUUAUUCCACGCAAGCACGUACGGGGAAGGAACCUGCAGUAGGGACCCUUAGAGGCCAUCCAGCAUAGCCUGACUCGUUCAAACUAAAUUUGGGCCAUAGAAUAAAAAGAAUAGGGCUUUUUGAAUCAUGUGCAUUUUGGUGUGUGUACUUGUAUUUCCAAUUCUUAGGAAUUUGAAAAAUCUCAGAACUCCUUUUAUUUACUCUCACCAUUUGGGCAGCACCUAAGUAGUUUUAUAAAAUGCAGCAUUCCAGUGCCCCGAGGUUCCCUGUGUCUUUGGGGACACGCCACUCCUGAAUCACUGCUCCUCCACUGGUCUUCAGCUCCCAAAGGACCAGGGGCUGGAGCUGAUGUUCUGGUGGAUGGGUUUCUGUCUCAUCUCUGCUUGGCCAUCUCUCCAGCUAAACUCCCCUUGGUCCUCUCCCCCAGGACCAGCAUCACAUAUCAGGCAGGGCAGUCGAGUUCGAGGCCCAAUCCUCCUUCGUGCCCAGACCUCAGACAAAAGAUAAGUCAUUAGCAAACCCAGACUGACCAGAGUGAUGGGCCCCUCCACGCCAUCUAGUGAGAUCACUGAGGAGACCCAGGGGCUAUUGGUCACCUUGAGCACAGAGGUGGGACCGACUGCUCGGGCUGGUGGUGACAGGAUCCUGGCGGUGGUCUCCCCGUCCUCCUUCCCAAGACCCGCCACAGCACACAUGUAGGGGUACGGGCAGCCAUGUGGCGGAGGAGUCUCCCUGGGCAAGGAGGGAAUUCAGACAGUGCCUCUGUAUUCUGUUUUGCCUUCCCCCCCAACACAGAUUUGAUACCUGGACCCCAGAGCCCAGCAGGCCCUGUGCCACACACGCUUGAUGGUUUGAGCAGGUUCCCUGGCCAGAACAAGUGACUGACAGGAGGGCUGGCAGCCCGAGGCUUAAUGAACGUCCUCUCCCCAUGCAGUGUGUCCGGGUCAGCCCAGGCGGGAAGAGAGACUGCCCAGCAAAUGCUGUGUGACAUCUUGGGCCUUUAACUGGGUUUUUUUUGUUUGUUUGUUUUUUUAAGAAGGAAAAAAGUAAAAUUAACAAGCCUCUUUUGUAAAUGGUUUUUCUUUCUAUGUAUAAAAUCCCGGCAGUUCCUUGUUUUUACAUGUUCAUGCUGUGUAAUUUUGAGAUGUUACCGAGAUUCUGAACAUAAUGUGCAUUUUUUUUUCUGUACAGAUGAAAUGGGAGAAUUUAAUAAAGAGUUUGCAGGUUUUUACUUGUUAAA